ACAAUAUGGCUGCAUAACCACUGGAUCUAGAUUCUAGAUACUUUUGUUUAAAAAUGAAUUAUGCUUAGAACUAAUUCUUUUAUUGUCAUUUUUGAAAAUAUUAUAAUGUGCCUAACUGUGAAAUUUAAUUUGUAAUAAAUAGGCCUACUUCUUUAAAAUACAAUAUUAGCUCUGUUUAUUUUUUUUUAUGUAACACUGAUUUCUUGAACUUUUGUGUGCAGUGUGAUUCACUGAUUGUGACAGAUCUAGAUUUAGAAUUCUAGAUCUAGAAAACUAUGAAGUUUUUUUGGUAAAAAAUUAUGGGAUAAGAGGCCUAUAGUUUAGAAUGAAAUUGGAGUAUUUAUAUAGAUCUAAAUAAAAAAUAUGAUUAAAUAUUAAAUUGAAAAAAAAAAGCCUGAAAGUUUCUGCAGGCCUAACCCAACCCAUUAGCUCUAUGUUCUGUUCACAAACAUUAUGAUCAAAUCUAAGAGUCAAAAUAAAAAUGGCAAAGAGAAGCCUAAAAAAUAUAAACGCAGGCCCGAUGCCUUCACAGUACAUGUUUUUCUUGAACCUACUGAGGAAAAAUUUAAACUAGAUGAUGUUUAUCAUGACAUGACAAUCGCACAGUUAAAAGAUGAAUUGGAAAUAGUCACUGGAAUUCCUGUGUCUUUACAGAGAUUAAGCUAUUUGGAUGAAGGUGAAUUGCCUGAUCACACUGAUGUCAGAGGCAAUGAUUUUGUGCCAGGUUGUACUGUGCAGCUAAAAGUCUGGCCCAUGUACAGAGAGCUGAUUGAAGUUAUUGUUGCCAAUGACAUAGAAUGGUUAUUCAAGCUGGGUGUGACUGGCCAGUCAGACUACCACACUCCUGCCAGUGAUUAUAUGACCAAAAAAUCUAGAAAAGUGUGGCUGGAAGAUAGAGCCUUCAUUGCAUUGUGUCUGGCGGCACAUAGAGGACAUGAGGAGAUGACAGUUAAACUCAUUGAAAAUGGUGCUGAUGUGAACAAACAAACUCCCACAGGAAAAACUCCCCUGCAUUUAGCCUCUGCAAAGGGUAAUGGAGAUAUUAUAAACACACUGUUGAACCAUGGGGCUGAUGUUGCUGCAGAAGAUCACAGUGGAAACACAGCCUUGAUGAUUGCAGAGAGAUUUGGCAGCAAAGUCUGCUCUAGAAAUUUGUUCCAGUUCCAGUGGCAGGAAAGAGCUAAGAAAAUCAAGCCUUCAAAGAAAGUGCCGUUAUUUGCACAUCAGUAUCAUGAUUCCAGUUUCCCUGUCUGGAAAAGGGGAAGCUCAGCACAAAUUUAUGUCUCUAAAAUUCUGAAACCUGGAGAGUAUGAAGGGACAGCACUGAGUGCUCCCAAGGGAGGUAGACACCCUUCUGUUAUCCAUAAGCAGGUCAGGGAUGCAACUUUCUUCAGUGAUUCUCAAGACAGUUCUGAAACGGUACCUGAUGACAUUUCUCAAGGAACCCAAAACUCCACAACAAAAGGCAGAAAAGAAACAAACAUGAAAAAGCCUCUAUCAUACAAUGAGUGGUUGCAAAAACAGAAGGAGAUAGAGAGGAAAAUAAUGCUGGAGAAUAAGAAAAAAGCUGAGGAGGAGAUGAAAAGAAAAAUGGAGGAAGAAGAAAAGAAAAAGGAAGAAGAAGAGAAACUUGGUUAUGAAAUGUGGCUAGCUGAGAGGGAACAUGAGAAACUGGAGAAAUCCCCACGACACCCUUCAGCCAAUAAAAGCCAUGCUAAUGUUCCGAGCAGUGUGCCCUUACUUCCUGUCAAUCAUGAUGGGGCAUUGCGUGUUUACUUGCGUAGCCUGGGCAAGUCAAAGACAGGAGUGAACUAUGAGGAUUGGCUCAAUGAAAAAGAAAUGGAGAUAAAUCAGUUGGUCAAACAGCUGAGUGCAGUGGAGUAGAGAAAUUAUAAAUGUUUUAUCUGAAUAUUUAAAUAAUUUAAUUGUAAUUGUAAAUAUUGUUGAUGUUGAUGGUGUUGAUGUUUUACCUUAUAUAAGAAUUUUAAUGUCGAAUUUGUCCAUGUUUUUUUUUUUAUUUUAACCAUUUUUGUUUAAAAAAACAGUAUUUUACUUCAUGUAAUUUUGGAAAUUAAAUUUUAUCUUGAGCAAUACUUA